AUGGCGCCCAGGGCAUUCUCGACGAGUGCUAGAUUGAUGAGAAAACUCACAUGGAGACUUAACGGGACAACGGCGGACGUCACAUGGCUGACAGAACAAGUGGACGAGAGCGUCGACCAUGUUCCGGGGCUUGAAAGCGUUGUGAGCGGACAGGUAAACGGAAACCCCCAUGCGACCGCCAAAACUGGCGACCCUUGGCACGGGUCAGUGGAACUGUAUAACAAAGCCGGAGACCGAGUCACGUCAGCACAUGGCUAUCCCAAUGGAUAUAUUAAAUUCUCCAAAGAAGCAAAAUAUAAACCCAUAAAGCUUCCUCCUCACCCCAAGGCGCCCGUGUACCCGCCAGUUGAUCCCGUGGCUUCGAAGCCUCAGCCGAAACCUACGCAAUCUGGCUCAAAGGCCACUAAGAAGUGA